AUGGGGCCGGCCGCUCGCCUGCUGGCCCUGCGCGCCUGCCUCGGCCUCGGCCUCUGCCUGCCAGGCGCCUGGGGAGGGAUCUACCAGCGCCAGCUGCUGAAGGAUUUGAUGGAGGAUUACACCCCGUUGGAAAGGCCGGUGGGUGAUGACGCACAGCCCCUGACAGUCCACUUCACCCUGAGCCUCAUGCAGAUUAUGGACGUGGAUGAGAAGAACCAAGUUCUGACCACCAACGUCUGGCUCCAGAUGUACUGGUAUGAUCAUUACCUGCGAUGGAACGAAUCCGAAUAUCCCGGCGUGAAGACGCUCCGCUUCUCUGCUGACAGCGUCUGGACACCCGACAUCCUCCUGUACAACAGUGCCAAUGAAGACUUCGAUUCCACUUUCCACACCAACGUCUUGGUCAACUCUAGCGGUUAUUGUCAGUGGCUGCCACCAGGCAUCUUGAAGAGCACGUGCAGAAUUGAUGUGCGCUGGUUCCCCUUUGACACCCAGAAGUGUGAUCUCAAAUUCGGCUCUUGGACCUAUGAUGGCUGGCUGCUUGACUUGCGCCUGAUGGAGAUGGACACCUCUGGCUAUGUAGCCAAUGGCGAGUGGGACCUCGUGGGUGUGCCUGGCAGCCAGAACAAAGUUUUCUACGAAUGUUGCCGGGAGCCGUACGUGGAUGUCACCUUCGCGAUCACGAUGCGCCGCCGGACCUUGUACUAUGCCCUCAACAUGCUGGUGCCGUGCCUGCUGCUCUCCGCCAUGACAUUUCUGGUCUUCAUGCUGCCGGCUGACUCCGGGGAGAAGAUUUCUCUGGGCAUCACCGUCCUGCUGUCGCUCACAGUCUUCAUGCUACUGGUGGCAGAGGUGAUGCCAGCCACAUCGGACUCCAUCCCUCUCAUUGGACAGUAUUUUGCCAGUACCAUGGGGAUGGUAGGCCUGUCUGUGGUCGCCACGGUCUUCGUGCUACAGUACCAUCACCACGACCCCGACAGCGGCUGCAUGCCCAAAUGGGUUCAGGUGGUGGUGUUGCGUUGGGGUGCCUGGCUGCUGCGCAUGCGUCAACCCGGGGAGGAGCCCAUGGGGCGGCCCCACUGCGCUCCCAGCCUCCUGAGCUGCAGUUCCGACAACAGCGAAGGCAGCCCCGUGCCGACCCAGCAGGCUGCGCCGGUGGUUGCCAUCGCCAACGGCAACCUUCCUUACGCGGGCAUCCCGGCGGCACCCCUGCCCACCAAGCCUCCUGAGGUGCCACGGCCUUUUCUCCCAUCGCCAGAGCCCCAGCCCUCCACCCCUGAGGAGAUACUUAGCAUCCCCGAAUUGGGCCGCAUCUUGGAGGAACUGCGUUAUGUGGCUCAGUGCUUCCGGGGACGAGACGCCGCUAAAGCCUCCUGCAGCCAGUGGAAGUUUGCCGCCGCGGUUAUCGACCGCCUCUGCCUGGUCACUUUUGCCCUCGUCCACAUCGUCUGCUUGAUCGGCAUCCUCAUGUCAGCCCCGAACUUCGCUGAGGCCGUCACAAAGGACUUCCUUUGAAGCCCUGGUGACAGAAUUCCCCUGAAGGGAAUGAGGCAGGCACAGCUGUGGCCUCCCUUCUUGGACACCCGGACAGGUAUUACUCGAGACUUUCUGCCAGGCUUCAUUGAGGACAACAGGCCUUGCAUGCAAUGGUGUUGCCAACCCUAUGGAGACCCACCUAUGAAGGCAAUGCACCGAGCAUCGCACCCUGUCCAGCAUGCUGAAAGUCAUCCUGCCACCUCCCCCAGUCCAUCUGCUCUUUUUCUCCCACCGGCCAGUAUGGUUGCCAACUCUAGGUUGGAAAAUGCCUGAAUAUUUGAGGGUGGAACCUAGGGAGAGGGACCUCAGUGGGGUAAAAUGCCAUAGAGUCCCCCCUCCAAAGCUGCCAUUUCUCCAGGGGAACUGAUCUCUGUUAUCUGGAGAUCAGUUGUAAUAGCAGGGGAUCUCCAGGCCGCACCUGAGGGUUGGCAACCCCGCUGCCACAAACUCAAGACUUACCCCUAGAAUUCCAUACCUGGUUCCUUUUUACCACCUCGGUGGAACACUUUUUAAAGUAUCAGAGCUCAAAAACUAAGAGUCCUGAUCCAGAGGAGUUAGCCGUGUUAGUCUGUAGUAGCAAAAUCAAAAAGAGUCCAGUAGCACCUUUAAGACUAACCAACUUUAUUGUAGCAUCUGACGAAGAGAACUGUGAUUCUCGAAAGCUUAUGCUACAAUAAAGUUGGUUAGUCUGCUGGACUCUUUUUAAGAGACCUGAGAUUUUUUAAAAACAUGGGGCAGGACUGGAGGCAAGUUUAAGUGAAGAAAACUCAGAUAGGCCCUGCACUUCCCCUUCUGGAGCAUGGCCGCCUCGGCCUCCUCUCAUCUGUGAGGUGGAAAUCAGGUUUGGAGGGACCUUGUGCAGUUGCUGUGAGGGGAAAAACGCAAUAAAGUUUCUGAAGCACUUUGCAAAUGAAGUGUGGUCAUCUAGCUGUUGUG